AUGUACUGUAGUUGUUUUCAUGUAAUUUCUUUUAUUUUUCUUUUGUUUGCAGAAUGGCCAUCCAAGUGUGGACAGCCCACAUUUCCCCCCCAGAUCAACACCAGAAUAGUCAAUGGAGAACCUGCUGCUCCUCACACCUGGCCUUGGCAAGUGUCCAUGCAGUCGCGUAAUGAAACAAUUUUCUUCCAUACAUGUGGUGGUACUCUCAUUCACAAGAACUGGGUCCUCACAGCAGCCCACUGUUUUAAUGAGUUAUAUCGCUGGCAAAUGUGUCUCGGGAAACACAACUUAACACUGGUGGAGCCCACAGAGCAAUGCUACAAAAUUCUUGGCAUCUACCGCCAUGAAGGCUUUGUCUACCCUGAAAUUCCUGCACUGGAAUAUGAUAUUGCCUUGGUGAGGCUGGAUGGUGAGGUGGCAGCUAAUGAUUAUAUCGAUUUUGCUUGUCUUCCACCAAAAGAUCAGGUCUUAGGUGCAAAUUACCGAUGCCAUGCAACUGGAUGGGGAGGAAAUUCAUUGGCUCCAAGAGCUGCUGAAGCAUUAAAUCAAGUGGUACUACCUGUUAUUGCCUAUGAAAUUUGCAAAACUCCUGAGUUUUGGUGGUUCCAAAUAAAGGACUCUAUGAUCUGUGCUGGAUAUGUUCUCCCUGAUGAGCUUAAGUCCGUAUGUCAGGGGGAUUCAGGUGGACCGCUUGUCUGCCCUUCAACCACCAACAGCGCAAUCUGGGAAGUUCAUGGAAUUACAAGUUUUGGCCCUAUAGGGUGUAUAAUGGAUAAAAAACCUAGUGUGUUCACCCGUGCAUCUGCUCAUCUGGACUGGAUAGAUGACACCAUUAAAAAGGACAUGUAUGAUAUAUACUGUAAGUACUAA